AUGGCAACAGAUUCGGGGAAUUGGAGAGACAACAUCUUAAAACAACUGCAAAACAGAAACAAAAACGAAACGUACUGCUUCCAGGACCUGAUAAGCCAACAUAUUCGAGUUUUUGAAAAUGCGAAUGUUUUGAGAACGGAAAAUUUGCAAUUAUCCAUACAAAAUGAGAAGCUGAGCUGCGGGGUGGGAACUUCUGGCGACAGUGGGCAACAGGAGCGAAUACAACAGCUGGAAAAGAAGUUACUGAAUCAAGCCGAUGAAUUGGCUGAAUUGCAUAGAAGAAAGGGGGAAAACGCGCAACAAAUUAUAGACCUUAAUGUCAAAGUGCUGGAGAAAGAUAAACUUUUAGCUGCUAAAGAUAUGAGUUUGGCAGAAAAUGCUGCUAAAAUAAUAAGUUUAAAUGCUGAAGUAUCGCUGUAUGAGAAAUCAAAUCAGGAAUUAAAAUAUUUGAAUGAUACUUUACGAGAUGAACAUCAGGCUUUACAAAUGGCUUUUACGUCUUUAGAAGAAAAGUUAAGAAAAGUUCAGGACGAAAAUAGGCAAAUGGUCGAGAGAUUAAUAAAGUACAAAGCAAAAGACGCGGACCGUAUGAACGAAGAAAACGAUAAUUUUCUCAACGAUGGUGCCAAGCAUAUUACAACAGUGCUCAGCACAUUUGGUCUUUUCAGGAAACGGCACGCCAAGAUGCAAAAGGAGAUCGAGGAGGCGUGCAGAGAGCCGCGGGAAGUUUCCCCAAAUACUUUUCCUGAAGGUUUUGGCCCCGUUUGCCAGCUGACUGUGCCUAGCAAGAUCAAUGUUAAAUUUGAUGCCCACGAAGGUGAAGUGAACGCGAUAAAGUGGAGUCCGGUAGAUCGAAUAGUGGCCACCGGGGGCGCUGAUCGAAAAGUGAAGCUGUGGGAUAUUUCAAAAGGGACUUAUGAAAGUAAAGGUGUGUUAGUGGGCAGUAAUGCUGGUGUUAUGGCUGUAGAUUUUGAUCCGACUGGUGCUUUGAUUCUUGGGGCCUCCAACGACUAUGCUAGUAGGGUGUGGACAGUGAUCGACCAGAGAUUAAGGGUAAGUUAUCUAAAAUAUUGCAAAAUAUAAGGGGAUGGUUAUUAUUUAAUUAAUGGUGAACAUUUCGGCAACAUUUUACGAACUAAAUUCGACAUGCCAGCUAGCACAUGGAAACCUCAACAAAAAUUAAAUUCCGAAA